UUUGCGUUUGAUAACUACAACUGUCUGUCUGUAGCUGCAACUCGUCCACCAUGGCUAAUUUAUCACAGCCAGACGCAACCUCUCACACCACCGGCUCCGCCACUCAAAACCCACCACCACCUCAACAGCAGCUAAACGUUCACUCUGACGAUCAUCAUGCCUUUUCAUUCUCUCCUGUAACCCUCCAAAAGCUGCCUCAUCUGAGUGAGUACCUGGAAGACCCCCAAUAUGCAGGCCCCAAUCCACUCGACAGUAACCCAUUCUUCCAUCCUUCUGACGGCUUCUACAUGAACUCAUCCGAUGUAGUUCUCCGCCACAUCGUCAGCCGCCUCUCUCCCUCUGGAACGCUAGAUUCUCCUUCUCACCACUUGGCAUAUAUCAGAGCUGGUCCUCGUAAAAACAUCUUCUUUGACCCUACUGCCACCAGGGCUGCUAUAGUUACAUGUGGGGGACUCUGUCCUGGGAUGAAUACGGUCUUAAGGGAGCUGGUUGUUGGCCUUUGGGACCUCUAUGGGGUGCGCCAAAUAUAUGGUAUUAAAGCUGGUUACAGAGGUUUCUACUCCACUCCCCCUGUUGAACUCAGUCCUAAGAUGGUACAUAACUGGCAUAUGAGAGGCGGGACUGUGCUUGGAACCUCUAGGGGUGGCUUUGAUCUCACAAAGAUUGUUGAUGGUAUUCAGAACCACGGCUUUGAUCAGGUUUACAUUAUAGGCGGAGAUGGCACAAUGCGUGGUGCUAUCAAAAUAUUCGAGGAGAUUCGGCGGCGGAAGCUGAGAGUAGGAGUUACGGGAAUUCCUAAAACUGUAGACAACGAUGUGGGUAUAAUCGAUAGAUCAUUUGGAUUCCAGACAGCUGUAGAAAUGGCACAGCAAGCAAUCCAUGCAGCUCAUGUGGAGGCGGAGAGUGCAGUGAAUGGAAUCGGAUUAGUGAAGCUAAUGGGUCGAAACACAGGGCAUAUAACCCUUCAUGCUACGUUGAGCAGCAGAGACGUAGACUGCUGUUUAAUUCCCGAAACUGGGUUUUAUUUGGAAGGGAAGGGAGGGUUAUUCGAAUUCCUUGAACAGAGGCUGAAAGAGAGGGGGCAUGCAGUGGUGGUCAUUGCUGAAGGGGCAGGGCAGGAUUUAAUACCCAGAACCAAAUCCCAGGAAGAGGAAAGGGACGAUUCGGGCAACCGGGUUUUCCUAGAUGUCGGUGCGUGGUUGAAGUCGGAGCUGAAGAAAUGGUGGGACAGAGACCAUCCACAGGAGUUGUUUACUGUGAAGUACAUAGAUCCUACUUACAUGAUACGUGCAGUGGCCGCAAAUGCUACGGACAAUUUGUACUGUACACUUGUGGCUCACUCGGCUAUUCAUGGGGUAAUGGCGGGAUAUACCGGUUUUGUGACUGGUCCUAUAAACGGAAACCAUGCAUAUAUCCCGUUGAUAGAUGUGGCACAGACUAAGAAUGAAGUGAACGUUAAGGACCAUAAAUGGGAAUGGGUCAGGUCUGUCACCAAUCAGCCUGAUUUUCUCAAGCCCUAGACAAUUUCAUUUUAUAUUGUUUUUACUUCAUUUCAGUCUGGUAGUAGCACAGUGGCAGAAAUUACUACGACAGCAGUUAUCUGUGUCGAUAUUAGCUGAUAUGUUUGUAUAAAUUUUAAUAAUCCAUAUAGAAGGAAAAGGAGAUUCAGUACACAA